ACCGGACUAAACGUCACAUUCCUGCAUUCUCAUCCCUACGAGCGCGAGCGUGUGUUCGCGUGUGUGUGAGAGAGAGGGACGCAGGCUAAUCUCUCCUUCCAGGACAACUCUCUGUCCACGGGAAGCACUCAUGACCGGGAGGAUUUAACCCCGGAGGACACCCGGCGAUCCCCGCAGGCCCGAUCGCAGAUCUCUGCUCCCCUCCCUCCCCCUGCUGUGGGCUGGUUGCCAUGGAGAGCUCAUCGGUAGCAUCAGCGUCGUCAGAGGCAGGAAGCACACGCUCGCAGGAGAUCGAGGAGCUGGAGCGGUUCAUUGACAGCUAUGUGCUCGAGUACCAGGUCCAGGGACUCCUGAGUGACAAAAAUGAAACAGAACAGGAUGUGGACAAGAAUCCGUCCCACACCUCACAGUGGACAGAAGACUGCAGUGAUAAGAUUGAUGGGAGCUGGUCGUCCUCACGGGGCAGGGGCUCGUCCAAACCAGAUGAUUGGGAGCACAGCAGUAAUGGCAGCACCGGCUCUAGACCCAGUUCAGGUUCUCGACCCGGUUCUGGUUCUAGAUCAGGCAGCAGAGGACGAAACAACCAGUUCAGAGCUCCAGCAAAGAAUGGAAAUAAGGACUGUUCUUUGGACAUCCUGGGGACGGACAUUUGGGCUGCAAACCUGGACUGUCACGGAGGCGCCACGUGGGACAUGCAGCCGGAGAAACUGGAUUUCUCACAGUUUCACAGGAGGGCGUACAGAGGGACACCAAAACACCUCCCACACAUCGACAGAGAAGGAAUGAUAAAGGGCAAAUUCGAUGAUGAUGAUGAUGAUGGUAUUGACCUGGACAACAUGGAGAAAUUCCUGCCCGGCCUGCCGGUUUUUCCUCCUCUGCCUAAUGAAGCUGAGAUCGCACACACUAAAAAACUGUUUCGACGCCGCAGAAACGACCGCCGCCGAUUCGAUCCGCCCCGGGACGAGCUGACGGUGCUACUGCCAGCUGAGGGGAAGCGGCAAGUGUCCAGGAGACCCCAGCGCCUGCCUGGAGGAGGAGGGGCUGGCGGGAAAUCCCAGAAUCCUCAGCAGCAGCAGCAGGGAUUGCAGCAGCAUCAGCAGCUCAAUCAGAUGCAACAGCCCAACGCAGACCAAUCAGGUGUCGGCACUAAGCACGGAGGGCGGGGAUACCAGGGGCAGCAGAACCAGGGCGGGCGGCAGGGCGGGCCGCAUCACGGCUACAGCCAGAACCGCCGCUGGCAUCAGCAUCCCAAACGCCAGACGAACAGUUUCAAUCAAGGGCCCCCAGGGGCCGACAGGGGCCUCACACGCAAUACCAAAGAGACAGAGAAUGUAAAACAUGAGGAGCCUGAGCCCCGCACGGAGAGAGGAGCGAAGGAUGAGCCUGCGAAAGAGGAGAGGAAGAAAGAAGACAAGGAGGAGAAGACGGACAGCGGGAAGAUCUGCUUACUGCAGUCAUCGAAAGAGAGACUGAGGAGGAGAUUGAAAGAGAAGGAGGAAGUUCCCGUGGCGAUGGCCGGACCACAGCGGAACCGAAUGGACAGAUUAUUAGAGAUUUUAAACAGCAUGAAAAAUAACAGCAGCGGCGUGGAGGGUCAGCUCACCACGUUCAUGGAGGAAGCCCAGAACUCGGCCGACUCUGAGGAGACGCUGAACGAGAUCGUACACACGAUUUACCACAAGGCGGUCAGCGACCGAAGUUUUGCGGCCACGGCUGCCAAACUCUGUGACAAGAUGGCUCUGUUCAUGGUGGAAGGCACCAAAUUCCGCUCUCUCUUACUCAACAUGUUACAGAGGGACUUCAAGCGGCGUGAGGAGCUGCAGCAGACGGAUGUGGAGUGCUGGUUGGGCUUCAUCACGUUUCUGUGUGAAGUGUUCGGCACCAUGAGGAGCAGCGCUGGAGAGCCGUUCAGAGUGCUGGUGUGCCCCAUCUACUCCUGCUUAAGAGAGCUCCUGGAGUCACCUGAGGUGAAGGAAGACGCUGUUCUGUGCUGUUCUAUGGAGCUCCAGAGCACCGGCCGGUUGUUGGAGGAGCAGCUUCCCGAAAUGAUGACGGAGCUGCUGGCCGCCGUGCGGGAUAAGAUGCUGUGUCCGUCUGAGUCCCAGCUGACACGCUCGCUCCUGAUGGAGGUCAUCGAGCUCCACGCUCACCACUGGACCCCGCUGGAGGCGCUGACCACCGCCUACUACAACAGAACCAUCCAGAAGCUCACCGCGUGACGCACGCGCAGCGCGAGGAACCGCCGGAGGCCCUGACCACUGCGCACCACUACACAAACAUCCAGAAACUCGUCAAACUAACCACUAGAGGCCACGGACACACUACAACACACACAAGCAUUCUGCGAUAGGAAGAUAGAAUCGGCGUGGAUGGAUGAGGGUCAGAGGUCAGAGUGUAAAAUAUGCAGAUUGGAAUGAAUAUGUAUAUGUUCACUCUUCACAUCUGCAUAUUCAUGAGCUGACCCAGACGUACAGAUGCAAAACCAGACAGUCAUUAGACGCGCACGUGCAGACUGUCUGUCAUUCUUUCUAGACAGUGUCAACAGGAAGAGAAAUCAAAAGGAAAAUCAAUGAAGUUUAAAAAAAAAAAAAAAAAAAGGAAGCCUUUUUUUUUUUUUGCACCAUCAUUAUUUUCAUGACAGUUAAGCACAUUUUCAUAAAUGCUUUAUAAUUUAAUUAAUGCAUUUUUUUUUUUUUUGCAUUAGAGUGAUGGUAAUUUUGAGAAUAAGAUCAUUUCUAUUAUUUUUUUUAUUUAAUUUUCUAUUUUUUAUUUUAUUUAUUUAUUUUUUUGUUGCAUUGUCAUCACAGUUAAGCACAUUUCCCCCAAAAUAUUUAUCAUGAUGAUUAAAUACUUUGCAAUUUAAUUAAUACGUCAUUAUUUUUUGCAUUAGAGUGAUGAUAAUUUUAUAAUUAUAUCAUGGUGCAGCAAAAUCUUAUUGUUCCUAAUAAUAGGCUUCAUUUUAUUAAGAAAAAAAUAAAAAUUUUAAAACAUGAAGCCUUCUUAAUUUUAUUUAUUUUUUAUUAUUAUUAUUUUUUCAUUCAUUAUUUUCAUGAUAGUUGAUUAACGGAAAAAUUGCAUAAUGCGUAAAAACUUAACUGUCAUGAAUUUAACUAAUAGAUGAUUAUUUUUUAAGAAUUCUUUUUUUUUUUUUUUUUUUUAUUAAAUAUUUUUUGGGUGUGUGUCUGUUAUUGUGGUUACAACUGUGCUUAAUAUUCAUGAAAAUAAUGCCAGUGCACAAAGUCUUAAUGGUCUUAAAAAUAGGCUUCAUUUUCUUUAAGCAAAAUCAAAAUCCUUAUAUUUCUUUCUUUUGAUUUUGUUGUUAAAUAUCCCUGGACGCGUUCACGGGAUGAAUUGUGAACCCCAGAGGGUGUCUUUUCUUUGGCCUGGAGGCAGUGCUUCAUCCAUCCGUCCCAUUUCGGCCCCCCGGGCGUCAGGAGCACGCCGUCGACCGACAUGGGCGUCCAGCUGGGGUCACGCUGACUCCAAAGGAGCAAGGCUUGCUUUUGUCAUAAACACACACACGCAGCAGAUGGCUGCGGGAAGCCCGGGCACACUUGUGUAUGUGUGUGUGUGAGGACACAUUCAACAUGAAGUGGUCAGGUUCCUCAUGAAGAUCGUUCAGAUCUCUUGAGUUUCCUCUUCCUGUUCCGUCUCGGGCUGCGUCCCUGUUUAUAAUGUGUUAUAGUGUCCUUAAUAUUAUGCAUUAUUGUUAUUAUUAUUAUUAUUAUUAUUACUUUCUUUUUCUCUUGGAGUCGCAUUUUUUACAAACAACGUAUAAAUGUACGUGUAAUAGGCUUUGUUUGUGAAAUGCAAGCAGAUCGCUAAUCAUUCAGAAAAAAACAAAUGGUAACACUUCACUUAAAGCCUUUCUAUAAUGCAUUAUAAAGAUAUUUAUAAUGUGAAUAUAUUAUCAUAUGUUAUAAUAUAAUAUAUUUCUUCAUAAAUAAUUGUAACCAAAGUUAAAAUGCAUUAUAAUUAGGGCUGUCAAAUGAUUAAUCACGAUUAAUCGCAUCCAAAAUAAAAGUUUUCUCUUAACGUAAUAUACGUAUAUGUACUGUGUAUAUUUAUUAUGUAUAUAAAAAUUGAUAUACAUACAUGUGUAUACAUUUAAUAAAUAUGCACGUGUGCGUGUGUGUGCGUGUAAUAAAAAUACACCAUACACAUAUACUUUAAGACAAACGUUUAUUUUGGAUGCGAUUAAUCGUUUGACAGCACUCAAAUAUCUGCAGAUUCCUCGUUACAUCUAAUAUUGGUUGUUUGUCAUGUUUUAAUGCAUUAAUGCUUUCUAAAGGUGUAACAAGGUAUAGAUAUGUAUUAUAACUGAAGUACAAUUAUUCAUGAGACCAUAAUAAUGCAUUAAAAACACUUUUAUAAUGCAUUAUAUUAGUGCUGUCAAAUCGAUUAAUCGCAUCUAACAUAAAAGUAUGUAAGUGUGCAUAUAUAUAAAAUGCACACACACAAAAUGUUGUUAGAUGCAUUAAUCGAUUUGACAGCACUACAGGCUUUAAGUAAAGUGUUUCCAAACAAAUGUUGCGUCGCGUUUGUAAGGACGUUUUCUGAACGAUUCAUCUACUCGUUUUUCACGAACGCGGUUUUUGUUUUUAGAAGUAGAUCUGUUGCACAGGAUUACUUUCGUUUUGCACUGUUUUAAGGCAAUUGCUUUAAAAAAAAAAACAUUAAGAAAAAGAUAAACGUGUAUGUAAAAAGUGGUUGUGGAGGAUUUCGAAUGUUAGUCAAACACUUUUUGCUAGAACGAAACGUAGGUUUUGGGAGAAAAUAGUGGCCUUCGAAACCCCUGCGAGUUUUACGACUAAUCUUUAGUUGGUGAGCUGCUGAUAGAAAGGCCUGUGCAGCGAAGAGGAUUUUUAUUAUUGCCCUGCAACGUUCAGCUUCCUAAAUAGACAAUGUGAGAUGUUGAAAAACCUAAAAAAUCAAGCAUGAGUCGAAAUGAAAUUUAAGCAACAAUGGCUAUCAAGUAUAUAGGCCGUUUUGCCGUGGUCGUUUUUUGCAAGUCGUUCUAUUUAAAACUAUUUACUUUUAACAAAUUUGUUUGCCGAGGAUGGUGGUCAAAUCUUUUAACGGUAUAUCUAGCUAUUACGUGUCAAUUUCUCUGGCUUUGACGACUGUGUGCAUUGAUAUUGAUUUAACACAAGCCAGUCAUCUAGUUAUGAAUAAGCUACAUGUAAUCUUGUAAACGGCAUAUGAAAAUGAAUUUUAGACGACGAGGGGAAGCAUAGGAAGUGUUUUUGAACUAUUUUCCGUGAAUAGUCGGUGGCCUCCUGCGUUAUUUAGGGGAGGAAACACACGCAGAACCUCAUGGUUUGCCGGCAGGUUUGGGGUUUGUGUAUUUUCUGUCUUGCAUCAAGAAUCCAAAUGAAAAGACAAACACACACGUGAGGGUUGAAUCUCAUGAAGACGAGUCUGGCUCAUAUUUUGCAUGAAGAAAGUUAAGGUUUUCUUCAUGCAAAAUACUGUAUGAUUUAGUCUGAUUUUGUUUUUCCUGUGGCAUAUCUUGUCAGAGUUUGUGAGAUUCUCCCUCAUAGAGUGAUUUUAUGGACAUACAUGCAUGUAGUGCUCAUGAAAGCAUCUCUGCGAGUGUGUGUUUGUCUUUCAAACAUGAUUUCAUUUGUUGUUUUUUUUGUAUUUAGAGUUUCUUUUGAUUUGCUCCUAGUUGCACCUCUCAGCAGUCGUGCAUUGUCAGGGUUUGCGUUAGGCUCCGCCCCAUUCAAGCAGCAGGCAUCAUGUGACCUUUGACUUCUUCAGUGUUGCGACCCACCAGACUAUUGAAUGCAGAUCAUCUUCAUUUGCAUCUUAUUGACAUGCAAAGCAGAUGUGGCAACCUUGUCAGCUGACCAAACUGUAGAUCUGGGCUCACUCAAAGAUGUCAUCGAUUGUUUUCUUUUUAUGCAACUGAAAAUAAACUGAGAAGGGGUGUAAAA